AAUCGAGCCCCAGUACAACAGUGCAGCUAGAAAGAACAAACCAUUUAUCUAUCCAUGGCAAAAUGUAAUACUAUAGCGCAUGCGCUAUGGCUUCUGCAUUCUGCCUUAUGGCUCCUGUAAUUUUAUGUACUUCCACCUUUACAGUACACUGUUUUAAAAUAAAAAGAUUUAGUACAUUUAUUUUUGUGAAAUAAUCAUAUUGUCCCAGUAAUUUACGGGAGGGACGAGUGUUAUAUAAAAAAAAAAAAGAAUGGAUUCUACCAGGGCUAAAAAGAAAUCGAAAAAAUUUUGUUUUUGAAAGGAAUUAGUCAAAUAUACUUUUAUUAAAAUCUGAGAUAGAUAAACUGAACUAGAUAUAUUAUAGAAUCAUGUACAUAAAAAUAUUUAUAUAAUGAAUAACACAAAUGAAAAUACAGAAGAUUUGGAUGUAUCCACUUCAAAACAAACUAAAAAUACAUCUUUCCAAACUGCCUUUAGUAACUUGAAGAAAUCUGAAUUUUUCAAGGAUCUUUUAUUUUCUCAGCCUGAAACUUCUGUGGCAGCAGCUUUGAGCAAAAUCAACACUAUUCUUGUCAAUGUAAAGCAGAGAGGCAAUCCGUUAUUAAAGUUUAUAACAAACGUGUCAUGGGAAUAUUCCGACAUUGUGCCAGAUUAUGUAAUGGGAAAAACUACUUGUGCUCUUUUUUUAUCAAUUCGUUAUCAUCAAUUGAAUCCUGAUUAUAUUCAUGAAAGACUGAAAUUGCUGAACAAUACCUAUAAUUUGCGAGUGCUUUUAGUACAGAUUGAUGUCGCUGAUCCUCAUCAUGCUUUGAAACAUCUAACGAGAAUUUCCAUUCUGGCAGACAUGACGUUAAUGUUAGCAUGGAAUGCGGAAGAUGCAGGAAAAAUUAUUGAAACUUAUAAAAUAUAUGAAAACAAACCGCCUGAUGAUAUCAUGGAACGCAGUGAUACAGCACCUCAUCAAAAAGUGAUUAAUGGUUUAACAACAGUAAGAUCUGUCAACAAAACUGAUGCAACAACUCUUUUAAGAACUUUUGGCACAUUAGCUGACAUUAUAAAAGCACAAUCAAAUACUCUGGCCUUGUGUCCCGGAUUUGGUGUGCACAAAGCUCAAAAGCUUUAUAAAGUUUUACAUGAAUCUUUUCUACGCACACCAAAUUAUUAUACAAAUUAAAUAGAAUAAUAAAAUGUAUCUAUUAAAUGUCUUACUAUAUAGUUAUAUUCUAAAGACUUCAGGACUUUUUGGGGAAAAAUUUAUUAUUAUCACAUUAACCAUAUAUCGAUAAACCAUCCGGGAUUAUUUAGAAUUAUCUGAAGAUGGAAACUAUUCUUUGAAACAUAUAGCUGCAAUCUCCAUUUUUAAGAUAUUAAAAACUUAGAAUUCCAGUAACUUGAGAUUAUCUGUAGAAUCUAAACAAUUAAUAUAACAGAAUCAUUUAAUAAUCACCUUAACACUUUUAUUUCGUUGACCUGACUGGCCAAGUUUAUUGAUCAGACUACGUUUCGACCUCUAAUUCGGAUCCUUUUCAAGUUAAAUUAUAAUGAUCUUACAACAUUGUCACUGGAAAAAAUACAAAUUACAGUUUUUACAAUGCAAUUGUAUCUUAUGUCCUCAGAAUACAUUAAUUCAAAAACUUAGCAGUUAAUAUAAAUUUUCUACAUGUACGUAAGAAAUUCAAAUAAAUGUCCUGAUAAGCUAUUUUGUAUAAUCCGAUGUGUCAAUCAAAAACCGAAAUUAGCAAUCAGUUAAUUUAACAAUAUAAAAGAGUGUAAAAGGUAUAAAAUGUCAAAAAAUGUAAAAGGGUGUAAAUUAAACCGUGCUUGACAUGUAGAAAAACAAAACGUGAAGCUUACAUGAAUCCUUGUGCGUUGGUAAUGGAUAUAGUCUGAGGAAUUAACAAUUAAGAAUCAUUUAAAAUUUGAAUCAGAAAAUAAGAUGUAAAAAAAUAAAAGAUACCACUGAAACAAAAGAUUUCUGUACAUCUUGUCAAGAUGUUAUACGUACUCACAAUCAGUUAGCUAUGCUAAAAUAAUAUUUUAUCAAAGCUUUACAAGGUUUUUUUAAUUUUGACAACAAUUUUAUGACAAGUAAUUGCUUUGUUUUGUAAAAGGUUCGAGUAAAUUUAUGACAAAUUUGUUAUGCAAGACUUAGACCGGUAUUCAUAGUCCGUUCUUAUAUUUAAGAUUGUUUUAUAUUCAGACUUAAGGCGUGUUCUAGAUUCAUAAUCAAAAAAUGAGGUGAAGCUUAAGUAAAAUCUCAAGACGUUACGUAUCAAAGAUGAUCUUAUUUCCGAAUAUCUUAAUAUAAUUUAUAAAUAUAACUUAUUUCAUAUAAGGUUAACCUUAAGACUAGCUUAUUAAUUACGAAUUCAUAGUCAUUUAAGAUCAUUACAUUUGACAUAUAUAUUGGUAAAUAAGACGAUCUUUGUCGAGUCUUGUCGAAAAGUGACUUAAGAUAGUCUUCUUUGUUUUAUAUGUAAAAACAAUAUCUUUGUAGAAAUAAAUUUUAUUUUAGGAAGAUAAGAAGAUAUAAUAAAUAUCAAUGUGCAUGAAA